CACCGAAGUAAAGUCUGAAUUUUCGCUCCCGAUCGAUUUCUCCUCCCUCAUUUGCAACGAAGCAAACCCUCUCGAGGAAGAAAAGGAAACGAGAACAAUCGAAAGCAUACGAUCGGAGUCGAUUUGGGAAGUUAUGGGGGAUCAUCUGGUGAGAGCGGAGGAAUUUGAGAAGAAAGCAGAGAAGAAGCUCAACGGAUGGGGAAUCUUCGGAUCUAAGCACGAGGAUGCUGCCGAUCUCCUCGAGAAAGCUGCUAAUUCCUACAAACUCGCCAAAUCAUGGGAUCUAGCUGGAAAGGCUUAUCUUAAAGUUGCCGACUGUCACUUAAAGUCGGAUAGCAAACAUGAUGCUGCCAACGCCUAUGCAGAAGCUGCUAAAUGCUACAAGAAAGUUGACACUAAUGAGGCUGCAUCUUGUCUAGAGCGAGCAGUGAAUAUUUUCUGCGAGAUAGGGAGGCUCAACAUGGCUGCCAGAUACUACAAGGAAAUUGCAGAGUAUUAUGAAGCAGACCAGAAGAUAGAGCAGGCUAUUGAUUACUUUGAAAAGGCAGCUGAGUUUUUUCAAAAUGAAGAAGUGACCACUUCUGCAAACCAGUGCAAUCUAAAGGUCGCACAAUAUGCUUCUCAGUUGGAGCAAUAUGAGAAGGCAAUCAAGAUUUAUGAAGAAAUAGCACGCCAUUCACUCGGCAAUAACUUGCUUAAGUAUGGAGUUAAGGGCCAUCUUCUCAAUGCUGGCAUGUGCCACCUUUGCAAAGCUGAUGUUGUUUCCAUCACCAACGCUCUGGAGAAAUAUCAGGAUCUGGAUCCAACUUUUACUGGAACACGAGAAUGCAAAUUCUUAUCUGACCUUGCUUCUGCUAUCGAUGAAGAAGACAUCGCAAAGUUCACAGACGUUGUGAAGGAAUUUGAUAGCAUGACUCCGCUGGACUCAUGGAAGACAACUAUGUUGUUGAGGGUGAAGGAGAAGCUGAAGGCAAAGGAGCUUGAAGAGGAUGAUCUUACCUAAACAUAUCUCUAUCCAUCCGAAGCUUUGGUCUUAUUCAUUAUUACUGGUGUGGUUUCAUCAUUUGUGUUCGUACUACUUCAUGUUCGACUCUUUAUUGUGUCUGGUUUAUGAGUUUUAAGGUUUCUUAAGAGGUUUGGUCAAAACGGGUUUGUUUGAUAUCACGACUACAUUUGUUCCGUCUCUCAUUACUUCAUCUUUGUGAACUUGUCAACUACUUGGAGAUUUGAUUUGUGUACAUCUAGUAAGAUUGUUUUCAUGAAAA